AUGAAUCUACUCUUGCAAUGCUGCUGCGGUGGGAGUUCAACGGACCUCUUGCAGCACGGGGAGUCGACUGCCUGCGACUAUGAUUGCCCGGGGGAUUCAGAUCAAGUGUGCGGAGGAUUCUACGCCAUGAGCGUGUAUUCCUACUCGUAG